AAAGAACUCACCUACCAAGAUGUUGCCGAGCACAACACGAAGAAGGAUCUUUAUGUUGUCAUUCACGACCAGGUUUACGAUUGCACUAAGUUUGUCGACGAGCACCCCGGUGGCGAGGAAGUCCUUCUCGAUGUCGCCGGCCAGGACGCAACCGAGGCUUUUGAGGACGUCGGCCACAGCGACGAGGCGCGCGAGACCCUUGAGCAGCUCAAGGUUGGCACGCUGAAGCGCAACCCCGGCGACCCCAAGCCUAAGACCCCCGUCCCCGGCGCCGUUUCCCCGGCCGCCAACAACAGCGCUGCCACCGGUCUUGGCAUUGGGGUGUACGCCGUCCUCGUCCUUGGCGGCCUAAUUGGCUACGGCGCCUACCAGUACCUUCAGCAACAA